AUGCAGAGAGGUGAGCCUGAGGGAGAAUGCGUGCUUUCAAUGAACGCUCAAAUUAAACCUCUGGGUGAAGCCGUGACAAUUUGCGGAUGCGCUGACGAGGAUUAUGAACAUCCCGGUAAAAUUCACGAUACUGGACGACCAAAUAUCGGCAAACAGGUCACAUCGCACUUGCUGUCCAAAGAACAAGAAAAGAUUGAGUCAUUACGUAGGCAACUAGAGCAGUGUCAAGAGCAGAAAUGUCAGGAAGUAGCUGCGCUUCAAGAAGCAAAUGCGUUUCAUGUCGCCCGCCUAAAGGAACGCAUUCAUCAGCUUGAGGAGCUUCAGUCAAAACAAGUGGUUUGUGUACCGGCGGUAAAAUCAAGCGUCUCGGAACCUGAAGUUUCAGGCAACAAUGGAGAUUUAAGUGUCAAGAACGGCGAUGAUGAAUCCCUAGAAUCCCGCUUCGUUCGUAUAAGGGACGCGCUCUUGAGCGCCAUUUCUUUCUUACCUCCUCCAACGUCCUUAGACCACUCGGUAGUUUGGCCUCCUGCACAACCCGAGGCUCAAGUUGCUGUCCUCGUUGCUGCUGAAGCAGCUUCACGUCAAGAGCUCAUGCUGGCCCGCGACGCCCUCAACUCUGCAAACGCCUGCAUUGCCGAACUGAAGUCAUUAUCAUCCUGUCCAAAUCGGCGCACUUUUGGCAUUAAUACGGAGGAGAUUUCUCCUUCUAGGACGUGUUACCUGCCAUCGCAGAUCGUUGGCGCAGUCCCAGUAGACGAAACACAGCGUAUGAACCAGUUGACGCGAGUAUGCGAACUCCUUGAAGCAACGAUGGUUGCUUACGCUAAGCUCAUCAGUGGGGAUUAUAGCCUCGAUCAGUUUACUCAGAGCGCGAGCCCCCUUAUAGAAGUAGAGAACCAUUAUAAAGAUUUAGUUGAUUCUUUGGUAGUGGCGUAUGAAGCAGCACCGCAUGAAAUUUUACUGAGGCAAGUGGGCUCUCAAUUCAAAACUUAUGGUACUGUGACUAAUGUAUCUGAAAGUAACGCAGUUGCCGAAAAAUUGUGUGAAUUGCUGUCAAAGAGGAGCGAUUUUCAUCGUGAUACUUCGAGAAGUGGACUUGAUCAGCUGAAUGAAAAUAUUCAGGAGACGGUAGAAAGAUCCACCAGUAUUGCUAUGGACCACCUCUCAAGCGAUGCUGUUAAUCCUAAUUUAAAUGAACAAUUCGAAGCAACAUUAACGCCAAGUGGUGGUGAACCUGUGAACGACAAGUCCACAUUAAGACCAGAAAUCAGACGCAAGAUUGAUGACUUAAGCCAAUUGGUUGGCUCAAAAGAGCUCCCAUCCUACCUAGAGAAGAGUUACUCUCAGUCGGACACUGGACAACGGAUAGCGAUUGACCCUAAUCAGCAACCUGCGCGUGACGCUAAACUUGCCGAAAGUACAACCAAUCCUUUAUCACUUACGAAAUUACACGAAAACACAGAAGUUGCUGCUGUUUUGGGAAUUGUGAAAUCAAUGUUAAAUAGGAUUAAAGGUUUUGCUGUCUCGAACGGGCAAUCGGAGAUCACCUCCUUAUCUCAGGAGGCCCGUGAAAUAGUUAGCUGUUUUGAAGAGCUUGCCGGGAGCGGAGAUGAAAGUGAUCUCCGCCAUUAUAUUUCAGAAUUGGUUAAUUUCGGCGAUCCUGACAUCACUACAUUGAGUCCCACAAAUCAGGGUAUUGCAAAACAACUGGAUGAUAUAUUCAAGCGCUCGACACAAUCAGAUUCCGCAGUUGUAGGUUUGGUGAAAACUAUCGUAGAAGGGGUCCAAAAUGAUGCCUUAGAUGGACUGACUGAAAAAUUAAGGUCGACGGAAGUUGAGAAGGAGUUAUCUGAAUGCUUGAGCCGCCUGUUGGAGGGAUACGCCAAUUUGAGGUCUAAGUAUGUAAAGGCGGAGCAGGAUAAGGUAGCACUCGGCCAGCUAGUGCGUAGCAAGCAUGCAGAGAGCCAAGCCUAUCAUGCACAAUUACAAUACUUUCUUUCCAAAUCACAGCCUGCAGAUAUGAAUAUUGAAAACCAGACUGAAAAACUAGCGGCAAAGCUUCAGCGACUUCAAUCACAUUUGUUGCAGGUCGAAGAAAACCAUACAAAAGAGGCCUUGGCGGCCGAGGAGAGGGAAGCGUCACUUCGAGAUAAUCUUAGUCGGACCGAAAUGCAGUUGGGCUCUCUUCGGGAGUUUGUGGAAUCAGCUGAUGAACAGAUUACUUGUGCGCAAAAAGAACGUGAUGCUGCACGGGAGGCCUGUCGUGCUUGCCAAUCAGAACUAUCCGGUCUUAGGGCCAGCUAUGCCAAUCUACAGAAGGCACUCGAAAGCCUCGAGAGGGGUCUCUCGUCUUUUGCCCCUGUUCUGCUAAUGUUUUUAAAUUUAGACAAUCAGUUGGAGACAAAUGUGGCAGCACAACACUUUCGCUUAGAAAAUGAGCGGCUCCAGAAAGAGGUCUCAACUCUUGAGCAGCGUGUCAAGCACCUUCAGGAAGAGUUCUCUCGACAGGAGAAACUUGAGUCAACAAAUAAUGAACUCCAAGCACAGUUAAGACACCACGCUGAUCGCCUUGCCGAGGCUCAUGCUCUAGGUGUUAUUACAUUUGUAGCUCGGCGUUACGAAGAACAGAUUCAAGUUCUCAAGUCUACUCUUAAAGAGGUGAAAAACGAACUAGAUGGUAAACUCGAUAAAUUAGUCAUGAAAAAUUUGCUAAUCAGUUGCUUGAAACUUCCCCCAGCCAAGCGACCAGAGGCGUUCUGCGCUCUGGGGAGCGUUUUGGAUUUUACGACAGAAGAUUUUAACCUUGAAUCCUUCGUUGAGAUGUUCGCGAUAUUUUUGGAGAAGGAAUCCUCUCCACCGAACCAACUUCGAUUACCAACAGACUAUUUAAAAGCGCAUGGUGUCGGCACUGAAGUCGAAACAGCCUCACAGAUAACUCGUAGACUUGAAGUGAGUUCUGCGUCUGCUGUGAAGCAGCGCCUACCUCUCACAAGUGACGCACCACUGGGUCCGAUCUCAUCUCAAAGGAAGCAAAUUAAAUCUAAGAAUCCUCUUCUCUCCGGUCUUUCUCAUGUAAAACCGUCCUCGUUAGAAUGA